AUGGAUCGUCUGUCGUCUUCCGCAGGGUCGUCGUCCUGGCGAAGCUCUUUUGAGGUGUCGGCCAGGACCCAGAAACCGGUCAAGCGGUUUAAGGAGUUCCAUACUGUCGAUUGGGUCCAGGAAGCGCUCGUCGAAAACAAAAAGUACUACGAAGCCAUCCGUCCCAGAACACGCGGCCAGAACUCUUCCACGGACAGGUGGAACACCAUCAGGACGAAGUUUGUCACCUCGGUCCAGAAUUGGCUCGCUCUCACGCUCAUGGGCGUGUGCAUCGGCCUGAUCGCAGCAGCCAUCAACAUCAUCACAGAAUGGCUUGGAAAUUUUAAAACGGGAUAUUGCCAGUCAAAUCUCUAUCUCAACAAGGAAUCCUGCUGCUGGAGCGAGGAAGGAAGGUGUUCCAAGUGGCAAUCGUGGUCCGGCAACUCGUUUCUCCAGUACCUCAUAUUCAUUAUAAUUUCUGUCGCGUUCGGCAGUAUCGCAGCUCUUCUCUGCAAAGCUUUCGCGCCUACAGCAGCUGGAUCGGGCAUCUCAGAGGUCAAAUGCAUUGUCUCUGGAUUUGUAAUGGACGGGUUUCUUGGAUGGCCGACGCUCAUCAUCAAGUCGAUCGCUCUUCCGCUCGUGAUUGCGUCUGGCCUGAGCGUGGGUAAGGAAGGCCCCAGUGUUCACUAUGCUGCGUGCGUGGGCAACGUGAUACCAAAGCUGUUCAAACGGUUUAGCCGAUCGUACGUCUCGCUGUCGCAGUUUCUGACGGCCGGCUCGGCUGCUGGCGUUGCCGUGGCUUUUGCGUCACCUAUUGGAGGCGUGCUAUUUUCCAUCGAGGAAAUCAGCUCCAACUUUAAAUUGUCCACGCUCUGGAAGAGCUACUACUGUGCAUUAAUUGCUACCGGAACGCUGUCGGCGAUGAACCCGUUCCGGACGGGCCAGAUCGUGCUGUUCGAGGUGAAAUAUGACUCAGACUGGAAAUAUUUUGAGAUCCCGGUAUUUGUCGUCCUGGGAAUAUUUGGAGGUGUCUACGGAAUUCUCGUUGCAAAAUUCAAUAUCAAAUGGGUGGCCUUUAGACAGAAGUACCUCUCCAACUAUGCUAUAAGAGAGGUUAUGAUCCUGUGUUUGCUGACAUCGGCCAUUGGCUAUUUCAACGAGUUUCUGCGACUGGAAAUGACCGAAGGAAUGCAAAUUCUGUUCCACGAGUGCGGCGGAGAGUUUGACCACUCUCUGUGCAAAAUCGACCAGCAUUGGGGCUCAAAGCUGAGGUUUUUCGUCAGCCUGCUCUAUGCCACCGUUUUGCGCGUGGUGCUGGUGGUGGUGUCGUACGGGUGCAAGGUUCCGUGCGGUAUAUUUGUCCCGUCCAUGGCUGCCGGUGCCACUUUUGGCCGAGCAAUAGGCCUGCUCAUGGAAACGUUCAGUCCGUGUGUAGAUGCAGACUCCGGCAAGUGCAUCAUCUCUGGCACGUACGCGUUUCUUGGCGCGGCAGCCGCGCUCAGCGGGAUCACACACCUGACUCUCGCAGUGGUUGUCAUAAUGUUCGAGCUCACCGGCGCAAUCAAGUACAUUGUGCCCACAAUGAUUGUUGUUGGGGUGACCAAGAUCAUCAAUGACCGCUGGGGUACCGGCUUUGGAGGCAUUGCAGACCAGAUGAUCAAAUUCAACGGCAUCCCAUUUCUGGACCCAAAGGAAGAGCACGAUUUCGGCCCGCAUAGCAUAUCGGACUGUAUGACUGACCAGGUUGUUGUGCUUCCGGUUUCUGGAUACACGUACCGCGACGUUGAGCACGUUCUCGCCGAAACGAGUUUCCAGAGCUACCCGGUCGUUGCUGAAAAUGGGUCUGUGGUGACAGGCAUCAUCAAACGGUCGCAGCUGCUGGCAGGGCUCAACUAUCAUAAACAGCUACGCCAUCUGGAGAUACCGCUGGACACACCGGUGAGUUUCUCGGCGACAAUUCUCCAAGACCAGCAGGACGUCCUCUCGUUCGAGCGGUUUGUUGAUACCCAGUACUACCGGGUCAACAUCAACAGCUCCUUCAACACGCUGGUGAAUAUUUUUAUGAAACUGGGCCCAAAGCUCGUUAUCGUCGAGGACGGUGGCAAGAUGGCGGGCAUCAUAUGUCGCAAGGACCUGAUCAAGUUCGAGCUCCACCUUCACCGGCUGGAACACGGCGAUCCCUUCGUCUCGGCCACGGACGAGAAGGUGUUUGCAUUGAUGGUGAACUUGGCAUCGAAAGUGCGCCAUAAUCUGCUUGCAUUGGUCGGCCGCAAGCCGCAGCCGUACGUCACGCUGGAUCUGGAUGAGUAA